UCCAUCUACGCUCACAUAAGCAGUUUACAGGGACAACGAGAAGAUGCUCGUUCAUACCAUGACGCCCAGCGCUACUCUGAUGUCGAAAAUGCACGCCGUUUUAAUCAAAGACGGGCACGGUCCCAUAGAGAACCUCUACAUUGGGGAGACAGAUAAGCCGGUCCCAGCAAAGGGAGAGGUUUUGGUAAAGAUCGUCGCAUUCGGCCUUAAUCGCAUGGACCAUUACCAGCGUCAGGGUGGCUACCCUAUUCCCCCUGGCGCUUCCUCCAUUCUCGGUGUGGAGUUCUCUGGACGUGUGACUGAACUUGGCGAAGGAGUAACAAGAUGGGUUGUUGGGGAUGAAGUAUUUGGUCUCGUGGGCGGCGGAGCUUAUGCGGAGUUCAUAAACUGUGACGAAGGACUCUUGUUGAAGAAGCCCGGUCACUUAUCUUGGGUGGAGGCAGCUAGCAUACCAGAAAACUAUAUCACAGCUUAUCAAGCUCUUGUGAAGUACGGGGAAGUCAAGAAGGGCGAUCAUGUACUCGUUCACGCAGGCGCUUCUGGUGUAGGCAUUGCGGCAAUUCAAAUAGCAAGGGAAUUAGGAGCGGCAACCGUUACUGCAACGGCGUCUACUGCAGAAAAACUUAAUUGGCUGCGCUCCAUUCCUAACGGGGCGACACAUACCGUCAAUUACAGAACUGAAGACUUUGCCGCGGAGGUCAAGAAAACCACCAACGGCAAAGGCGUCGAUAUCGUUAUAGAUUUCGUUGGACAAAGUCAUUGGGCCAAGAACGUGGAAUCCCUCGCUAUUGAUGGUAGGAUGACGAUAUUGGCUGCUAUGAGUGGGAACGAAGUCUCCACAGUCAACCUUGGCCCGAUCAUUUACAAGCGUCUCCGCAUUCAAGGUUCCACGCUACGCUCCCGUAGUGUACAGUACCAGACCGAGCUCAUCACAAGCUCGAUUUUCCGUGAUAUAAUCGAUAAGGUAACUGGUGUCAACGGAGGUGGCCCGAUACGGACUUACAUCCACAAAGUGAGUAUAUUCUUCUGCUCUUCUGAUGCCGUCGGACACGGACAUACAAUUCCACAGGUGUAUCCUUGGACAGAGAUCCAAAGUGCUCAUCAUGAGAUGGCCGACAAUAAGAAUAGCGGGAAGAUUAUCGUUGAAGUUCGAUAGAAACCCGAACAGUGUACUAGCCGAUAUCGGGUUCCAAGAAUUUGCCAGCUCUUCGCUUGAUUUGACCGCUUAUAUCUAUGCAUAAAUUUUUCCAUGACAUGUGAGGUAGGCAGUGCGAGACGGAAUCAAUGGUUGCUGUUAGUCAUA